UUGGCCACUGGUAAGGGGGGCUGGUAGGUAAUUCGAGUGUGAUUAUAAAAAGCCAGCCUUCAGCCUGAGAGCUGUUGCUGUUACCUCACUGCUGCUCACAUCUAUCAGCAGGCUCUGGGCAGGAAGAUUCCUUCUCCUUCCUCAAGGUCCAGCGACAAAGCCUGCGCGCAGCGCCACCAUGCAGCAGAAGGCGGUAUCGCUCUUCCUGUGCUAUCUGCUGCUCUACACCUGCGGCGGGGUGGAGGCAGGCACAAGAAAAAACUCGAAGAAGUCCAAGGACAGUGGCUCCGGGUUCUGGAGCACGCUGACUUACAUGGCGGUCGGAGGAGGGCUCUUGGCCGCGGGGCUGCCCGCGCUGGGCUUCACGGGCGCGGGCAUCGCCGCCAACUCGGUGGCGGCCUCGCUGAUGAGCUGGUCCGCGGUGGCGAACGGAGGCGGCGUGCCCGCCGGGGGACUGGUAGCCACGCUGCAGAGCCUUGGGGCUAGCGGUGGCAGUACCCUCAUGGCCAAGGUUGGCGCCUUUCUGGGCUACGCUGUCCACAAUCAGAUGCAAAACAAUGGAGCAGACGAGGAGGAGGAGUAGUCAGCAGCUGCCAGCCUUCUCCUUCCAGUUGAAGUCCAGAACUUUCUGUUACACUCUUUAAGGACCCAGGUGAAAAACUUUUCUCAGAAAACACUAGGUCCGGUGGUGAUCACUGUACAAAUUAAAUAAAUGUCUGACCACUAUGCAUGCUGUACACCUGACUAACAUAAAUAAUAUUCAAUGUCAACUGUAACCGAAAAAUAAAUAAGCUUUUAAAAAUUAAAAAAAAAAAGAAUGAAACACUUUAAAAAACCCAAAAACAUCUGGUCACCAUGCAGGAACUGGACACAUCAGAACACUCAAAAUGAGGCAUUCCCACUCAGGUACUAUAAAAGUGGUGAAAUUAUGGAGACGCUGACAUGUAAUAAAUGUUUUAAUCUUC